UGCAGCAGGACCCGGCUCUGUGUGCUUAGGCCGCCAUUUGGAGCCGGCAGCCCUGCCGGGGGGCGGCCCCACCUGCUGCCCCCGAGCGCGGCCCUUUCCCUGCGCCCCCUCCUCAAGAUGGAGGCGCGGCGCCUCCUCUCCUUCAGUGCUGGCACGGAGCUCCUCCACCUCUGUGGACACGGAGCGGUGCCAAUCUCGCGUUCCGCAUCUUUCUCCCUUCCCUGCCGCCAGCAGGUGAAACUCGGCAGCCUCAGCUGUGGGGCGGUGCGCGGGGUGGUCUUUGGGCGAUGAACCUGCGCGGAACGUGGCGGCCGCCCCUGGGCGGUGUGCGGACGAACGGCGCUCGCUCCUGAGUCAGCAGCGGCGCGGCGGUGGGCGGCACGUCGCCACCGGCCCGUACCCGCCGAGCCUGCCCGGCCCUCCAGCGCUAACCACCGGCUCCUCUGCUGCUCAACCGCAGGAGCCACGGGGCGGAGGCUCCCUUUGCAGCCAUCCGCCGCCGCCAGUACUUCACAGCCAUAGCAGAGCAUUAAAUAAUCUUAAAGGAAGCCAACAUUAACACAGCUGGUCAGAGAAGCCGUUGUCUCUGCCUUCUCAGUGCAGCAUGGCAUUUGGACUUGGUGCUUUUGGCCUGUUAAUAUGGGCAAUAACAGGUUCCUACAGUGAGCAGUGCAGAGAAGGAGCCACGUACUCAAGUGCAGUAAUAUCUCCCAACUUAGAAACCACUAAAAUUAUGCGAGUUCCUCAUGCUACAUCAGUGUCUGAAUGCAUCACUGCGUGUUGUGACCUCUCUGGUUGUGACUUGUCCUGGAUGUUUGAACGACGCUGUUACAUUGUGAACUGCCAGCACAAAGAGAGCUGUGAACCUAAAACAAUUGAGACGGUGAAGUCCUAUCUAAUAUUUGUGCUGAGACCUUCUCAGAGGCCAGCCUCACUGCUGGGAUUUGGGCAGGUGAUCCCAAGCAUGGUGCACGCUGUGGGACGUCAGAAUGAGCCAUCUGAGGAAUUGCCUUUGCUUGGCAAAGAACUCAGCCUUGAGGAGAUACCUGAAUACAUAGAUGAUUAUAAAGAUUUGGAGCAGGACCCCUUUCAGGUGAGCCUCAAACAUGAACAGAAGGAGAGCACGGAUUAUGCUGACUGGGGCCUGAUGGUAGCAGGUGAAAAUGACUUCAAUACUUCAGUCAGUGACAAUGAAGAUAACCAGGAAGAGGAAGCUGGAAAGGUUGAAAGCCUUCUAACUAAAAACAGAUCUGAACUCAGCUCUGUCAGUGAACUCUCCACAGAGAGGCUGUCUGCUCUCCCAGAGAUUACACCAUUCCCUGGAAAGAUGUCUGAAAACAGAGCAGCAGUCGAGCUGCUUACUCAGCCUGCCAAUGCUUUGCAAGGAAAGGUUUCUCCUUAUUCUCCUCCAUCAGACAAACUGGAAAUCUCCCCAGAUGUGUCAGACAAAGCCCAGACUCCUACCGUGGCACCAGACAGUGUCACUGAACAUGGAAUCAUGCUUAUUCCCAGUAAUACUGUGCCAUCUGAACCCUUGCAGCAAUUUACACCUCCUGCUACUGCUGCCAGAGCAGGUACAGUAAAAGAACUUAUUGUAUCUGCUGGAGAUAACAUUGAGGUGAUGCUACCCAAAAAUGAGGUUGAACUGAAUGCUUUUGUUGUCCCACCACCACCAACAGAAACAUCGUACAACUAUGAAUGGAGAUUAAUUAGUCACCCUGCUGAUUAUGGUGGUGAAAUGGAGCGCAGGUACACCCAGACACUGAAGCUCUCUCAUUUGUCGGUGGGACUUUACGCCUUCAAAGUGACAGUUUCUGGUGAAAAUGCCUUUGGCGAAGGUUUUGUAAAUGUCACUGUCAAACCAGCAAUCAGAAUUAACCAGCCUCCUGUUGCUGUUGCUUCUCCCAAAGUACAAGAAGUUUCUUUACCUACAACUUCUACCUUCAUUGAUGGCAGUCAAAGUACAGAUGAUAUGAAGAUCGUGAGUUACCAUUGGGAGGAAACUAAAGGUCCUUUGCGGGAGCAGAAAGCAUCUGCUGACACACCUGUCUUGCAUUUGUCUAACCUUGUUCUUGGAAAUUACACUUUCAGACUCACUGUGAUUGAUUCAGAUGGAGCAGCCAACUCCACAAUUGCAUCUCUGAGUGUCAACAAACCAGUGGAUUAUCCACCUAUUGCGAAUGCAGGACCUAAUCAGGCAGUUACUUUGCCCCAAAAUUUCAUCACAUUGAAUGGAAACCAGAGCAGUGAUGACCAUGAAAUUGUCAGCUAUGAGUGGUCACUCAGUCCCAGAAGCAAAGACAAGGUUGUAGCAAUGCAGGGAGUGCGGACUCCAUACCUCCAGCUAUCUGCAAUGCAGGAAGGAGAUUAUACCUUUCAGCUUACAGUCACAGAUUCAGCAAGGCAGCAGUCCACUGCUGAGGUCACUCUGAUAGUACAGCCUGAAAAUAACAGUCCUCCAGUAGCAGUGGCUGGCCCUGACAAGGAAUUGACAUUCCCAGUAGAAAGUACUACACUGGAUGGAAGCAGAAGCCAGGAUGACCAAGGCAUAGUCCUUUAUCAUUGGGAAAAUAUCAGUGGACCAAGCUACGUGCAGAUGGAAAAUGGUGACAAAGCAAUAGCAACCGUGUCUGGUCUUCAGGUUGGCACCUAUCGCUUCAGACUAACAGUAAAAGACCAGCAGGGGUUAAGCAAUGCAUGUAUGCUGUCUAUUACUGUGAAGGAAGAAAACAACAGUCCACCCCGGGCACAUGCUGGUGGGAAGCAUGUUCUUGUACUUCCCAAUAACUCUGUUACCUUGGAUGGCUCAAAAUCUGCUGAUGACCAAGGGAUUGUGUCAUAUUUGUGGAUUCGGGAUGGUCAAAGCCCAGCAGCUGGGGACGUGAUCCAUGGCUCAGACCAUGAAGCAGUAUUGCAGCUAACUAAUCUGGUGGAAGGAAUCUAUAUUUUUCACUUGAAAGUGACAGAUGCCAAAGGAGAUUCAGAUAUUGACUCUGCUACUGUUGAAGUGCGGCCUGAUCCCAAAAAGAGUGGUCUGGUGGAGCUGAUUCUGCAAGUUGAGGUGGGACAGCUGAGCGAGCAGCAGAAGGACACACUGGUGAGACAACUAGCUGUAUUGCUGAAUGUCUUGGAUUCAGAUAUCAAAGUUCAGAAGAUACAAGCAUUCUCAGAUAUAAGCACUGCAGUUGUGUUUUACGUGCAGAACGGACAUCCUUCCAAGGUGAUCAAGGCAUCAGAUGUGUCUCGAGCUCUGCAUGUCCAGCUUCUGAAAGAGAAGGCUGACUUUCUGCUUUAUAAAGUCCUGCGGGUUGACACAGCUGCGUGUCUUUUAAAAUGCUCUGGGCAUGGACAUUGUGACCCUAUUACAAAGCGCUGUAUUUGCUACCAGCUGUGGAUGGAAAACUUAAUUAAUCGUUAUCUAAAUGAUGGCGAGAGUAACUGUGAGUGGAGUAUACUCUAUGUGACUCUGUCUGCUUUUAUUACAAUUGUGGUCAUGAUAGGGCUUGCCUGGUUCUGCAUCUGCUGCUGCAAAAGCAGAAAGAGGACUAAGAUAAGAAAGAAAACAAAAUAUACCAUUCUAGAUAACAUAGAUGAGCAGGAGAGAAUGGAGCUACGACCCAAAUACGGCAUAAAACACAGAAGUACAGAACACAACUCCAGCCUAAUGGUUUCUGAAUCAGAGUUUGACAGUGACCAGGACACCAUCUUCAGCCGAGAAAGGAUUGAAAGAGAGAAUCCUAAAACCCUUAUGAACGGAUCAAUCAGAAAUGGUGUUUCCUUCAACUACAGCUCCAAAGACAGAUAACUGAACAAGGGAACUUGGAACCUGAAUACUUGGCUGCAAUAGAUUUGAUCUCCCUGUCAAAUGCUGAGGCCCAGGGUCAGUACUACAAACUGACCUCUCACAUACUACGGGAAUGCACUCUUCUUACAGUAAGAAGACUGAACAGGACAAACAUCAGCCAGUCCUUAGUAUUGUGCUAUAUAUUGUCUGCUCUCCAGCUUUUUCUUCCACAGCACCUUUCCAUUACUGCUUAUGCUGUCUCUAGUGUGCCUUUAUCUAUGAACUUACUGUUUAGUACUCGUCAAUGCAGUCAGCACCCUUCAAUUCUGUCAGGUCUGUCACUUGGAUGUUUGGGGGUUUAUUUUACAUUUUUCAAGCCUGGUGCUGAAGAGUAGCAGAUGGUUCUUUCAAGUACUCUAUGAAAACAGCUAAUCAGAAACCUGUUCUUAUCAGUGCUACAGAAUUCCCUGGGCUGUUUCUCCCACACACACUUGCUGUGGGUGCCAACCUUGAGAUCAGUGGCAAGCUCGUGCACCAUGAGAUCAUCUGCAUGAUCUGGCUAAAUAUUUCUCCCUAUAACAAUAAGAAGCUGGUCUAAUGCUUCUUAAUGCCCAAGGCCUUCCCAAGUGUAAGAUGCUUACAGAAUUCUGUCCUCUGGGUAACGCUUUGACAUCUUCAUUGUAUUUUAUUUACAUUCUGAAAGCUGAUUUUUCAAGGAGCCUCUCAUUCUGAUGAUGUAAUUGUUCCAUAUCCUUGGAAGGAGAAGUAAUUCCUCAUUCAUGGUACGAGGUUUGCUACUAAUACCAACUUGAACCAAGAUUUUAAAAUAAUAUUUCUGGCUCUGUGAAUUUGUGGUAUCAUCUAUAUCAUUUGGACAAGCAUAACUAUGUCAGGAAAUAAGGAGUGAAUAUAGCAAGGCUUUGAUUUCAAUUCAGUGAUAUCUUUAUUUCUAGAAAAACUGCUUUACUGUUGCAUGUCAGGUGGAACGAAAGAGAAGAAAAGCUGUUAAGGUGUAAACACAAUGGCUGACCUUAGGACUGCUGACAGCUUUCUGAUUUGGAUUAUCAAUUACAUUUGGGUUUGAAGCAAGCACACAGUCCUCAGAUUUACUUCCACACAGCUUUCUUUUUUACACAGAAAGCGUAUGGGAGCUUCUUUCUGAGGCAGGGAUGGAGACUUUCCCUACAGUCAGUCUUCUCUUUUAAGAUACAGCUUGCCAUGUGCAGCUUUAAGUCCCUUGGAAAAGAAAUUCACAGCUUGGCACUGGUAAGGUGCUCUCUUAGAACACAAACAGUGUGCCAACACUUGGUGUUCAUCGUAGCUUUGGACUGAGUUCUGGAUUCUCACUUCCAUCUUGGUUUUACAUUUAAAGAUGCUGGCUGAUACACGCACAAGUAGAGGUUAUCCAGCUGUGUAAAAGGGCUGCCUCUGUUGCAUCUUAAGUAGGGAAUAUAUUUACAGUAACUUCCUUGCCAUUACUGCCUGAUAUGUUAAAGAGGUUCAAGUAUUCAAUGUUGUGAUACUGCAAAUAAUGUUUUGUGUUUAUAAUUUUUUUAACUAAAACACUGCUGCAGUACCAACUGAAAUUUACCUAGGCAAGUCUGCUGUGAUACACAUGUAAAGUAUCUAUCGUCCUGUGGUUCAGCUGUUCAUUUUAACUGAGAGUGGAUUGUUGAGAAAUUCAAUCUAAUCAUAGUCUAAUCAUGGAGGAGUUCAUUUGCAGAGGGAAAACAAGAAUGUUACUGUUUCAUUUGUAAAGACACAUUUGCAGCUACGUCCUUCCUGGUAAACAGAAGAUAAGCGAUCUCCUCUUCCAGAUGUACCACAUUCAGCAUCUUAUUCAAGCACCUGGUUUUUUUGCUGUCAGAUGUGGUUGUUGUAUCAUUUGUUUUUUUCUUAGUUUAUUGUGGCAAACAAAAUUAAGUGCAAACAUAUAAGAGAGUUCACUGUGCCAAAAACAGGGAAGUUCUCAAUGCUGAGUUUGAACUUUCCUUCGACAGUUCUAAUGUUCCUGAAAUAAUUUUCUUAGGCAAAUUUUCUGUUCUUCUUUUAGCCCACAUGAAGCUAGUUUUGCAGCUCAGUAAACUAGUAGAGGGCUCUUGUUAACUGGAGUUGGGGGAUGGCAGUAAUAAAAUGAUAGAUACUGGUCUUCUGAGCCAUUUUUAUAACGAUUGAGAAAGGAAAGCAUUUCUUUAGAAGGUAAGGCAGAAGUGAAUUAGUUAUUUUAACAUCAGCUAUUGCUUUUCAUUGACACCUAAUUAGAACAUUGAGCUCAUACCUCUGCAGCAAAGAGGUAUCAUCAUACACCUUUUAGAUCCAGAACUCCCCAUGACAAGGGAGCCCUGAAGCUUAGAAAUAAAAUAUAAAGGAAAGAAAUGGAAGACAAAAAAACUACACCUUUAUUUUGCUCAAGGUAUGAACCAGGUGCAGAUGAGCCACACAUCAUGUAGCUGGUCUGUGUAUAGAAAAACUUCUCCCUGUGGGUGGAUGGGUGAGCUAUUUAUACAAUUAAUCCGAUUCUAACAAAUGUUACUUAUUGAAUAUGACAGUGUAUUGUAACUGGAAUAAUUUCGGAGCUGAAACUAUUACAUUUAUGUAACUACUAAUAAAAUUUGGUCUUUUCUUCUAGGAA